AAUGCAGCGGACAACGGCGGCGAGACGGCGCUUCAUUGGGCAGCCUCUUGCGGGCACGAGGAUUGUGUGGCGGUGCUUGCCGAGGCAGCCACCAACUUGGAGGCCAGAGACCAGCGGGGAUCCACGCCUCUGAUGGACGCCACGCGGCUCAGCAAGGAGGGGUGCCUGUGCGCGCUGCUGAGGGCCGGAGCCAGCACCGACACGAGGGACAAGGAUGGGAAGCAGGCGCUGCACUGGGCGGCCAACGCG